UCGCUCAAAUUAAAUAGGUAUUAGUAAAGUAUUGAUAUAUUUCAUUAAGAAAGCUUGCAAAAGCCUUUCAUAAGUUUCGCAUUUUAUUUUUGUUAAUCUGAGCCCCUGAAAGACUACACUGUGCAGACGCGUUUUGCUUCCCUUUUUUGAUCACAAUUAUUCACAAUAUUUUUUAAUACCUGCCAUAUCAUACAUUUAUAAUACUCGCAAGCGUCUGUCGAUCUACAUAAUAUCAAUUUGAAUAAAAAAUAUCAAAAUUUUUAAUCACAUCACUUCUCUAUACUAAUAAAAAAAAAAAAACUUUGGGUUUCCCGAUGAGUUUGUACACAGACUUUAUUUAUAAAGACAGUAUAGUUUAGUAGGAAAGGGAUCCAAAUUGGCACGCUUUUUAAUGCAACAAUACACGAUUACAUAUUCGAUUCGAUUGAAUUCAAUUAGGAAAUGAAUUGGUGACUUAUUCCAAACUUUUAUACUGUGGGUGGCAGUUUUUUUUAUGCAAUUUAUUAUGCGAUAUGUUAAGUACAUACAAUUAACUAUAGUUGCUUUUUUUCAUUUAAAAGCAACGUCAAGGUUUGGUAAGUUAUCAUUCAACAAAGUUCAUCGAUAACGAAAAUAACUCGAAAGAAAUUAAUCAAACUAAAAAAAAUGGCAUUCAUCAAGUUCGCAAUUGUGUGCUGUGUCCUUGUAUCAGCAGUCAACUGUGGUGUCCUUUUGCAAGGUCAAAGAUUUGCUGCUCCUCUUGCUGCUCCAGUUGCAACAAUCAACACAGACUAUGAUCCUCAUCCACAAUAUACAUUCGCUUACAAUGUUCAGGAUGCUUUGACUGGAGACAGCAAGAGUCAACAGGAGACUAGAGAAGGUGAUGUUGUUAAGGGUUCCUAUUCUGUAGCUGAACCUGAUGGUACCAUUCGUACUGUCAUCUACACCGCUGAUCCAAUCAAUGGUUUCAAUGCUGUUGUUCAGAGAGGACCAUUGAUCGCUCCAAGACCUGCUGUUCCAGUUGCAGCUCCAUUUGGUGCACCAGCACCAAUUUUCGGUUAAACGUUCCCAUAUAUUUGUGUUACUAGUUGAAUUGUUAUAGUUAUUUGAAAAUAAG